UGCUUGGCGCCACCAGCCAGCCAUCAGUUCCUCACGCCAGAGCUCCGCGGACAAGAGAGUGACCACACCCGCGCAACAAGAUGCCAAUGGAGAGGUCGGUGUCGCUGGCCGAGAGGAGCACCGCCGCCGCCGCCGCGCCGGCCAACGACCUCCGCUGCCACAGCGCCUCCUACGCCGUCUCCUACGCGCCCACCAAGGUGCAGCGCGCCAGGAGCACCACCUCCCUGUCGCGCCCCGCGGCGGCGACCGCCGUGCAGCGGAGCGGCAGCACGAGGACCGUCUCCGGCGCCGGCCCCGGCCCCACCCCGGGGCUGAACCUCCGGUGCUACAGCGCCUCCUACGCCGCCUCCUACAAGCCUUUCUCCGACGGCGCCGCCCAGGCCAAGGGGCCCAACGCCGCCACCACCACCGCAGCCACCUGGUCCUCCGCCGGCCGCCGCUCCCUCAACCUGAGGAGCUACACCCCGUCCUUCUCCGCAUUGGUCGACAACGAGGCCCCGGCCCCGGCCCCGGCCAAGACGGAUGACGCGGACGCGGAGCUGCAGAGGAAGAAGCGGCUGGUGGCCUACAAGGUGUACGACGUGGAGGGCAAGGUGAAGGGGUCGGUGCGGCGCAGCGUCAAGUGGAUCAAGGUCAAGUGCUCCCGCGCCGUCUACGGCUGGUGAUGAGCCGGCGAUCCAUCCAUCCAGGUUGCUCUGCCUCCGUCUGCUCCCCGGUACGAGCCGUUGUGCAGCUGAGCUAGUACAGUAGUACGUAUGAGCGCGCGCGUGUUGAUCUUCUUUGCCCUUGUGCUUCCUCCUUUUUCUUUCAUCUUCUUGUAGUAGGAUUUUUGACGGUAUUUGAUGUGGCAUAUGUACACUAGUGUGAGCGGCGCUUCUGCUCGUGGUGUCCUGCUUGUUGGCCACCGACAGAAGCUCGUCUGUCCUUGUACAUACGGAUCCUUUCCUCCCCUUGCAUCAUCGUCUAUCUGCUUAUGUAAUAUAGACACUAUGUAGAAUAAGGUUGUGUCAGAUGUAAAUUACAUACAUACUGUUACUACUACUAGACUACAUACUGGCCAUGUUUCUUGUGAUUA